UAAAAAAUAAAGGCAUAUCUAGUCUUUUGUAUCAGUUGUCACUGAGUAGAGUUUGUUGUACUUGGUUAUAUGAUAUUAUCGUAAUAAAGAAAAAACAACUGGUUACUCAUUGUAAAAUAAUAUUAAAUUUAUUUUUCCAUUUGUUGGCAUAAUAUGGUACGUGGUGGUCGUGGUGGAAUGAUUAGAGGAGGCAGAGGUGGUAUGGGACGUGGAAUGGGGUUUCCCAGGAAGCAAUUUCUUCCACGUCACCCAUUUGACUAUACGCUAUGCGAAGCUGCUUUUCCACGCGUUAAACCUGCUCCAGAUGAAUCAGAUUUUCAAGUGGCACUUUUGAAAAAGAACACAGAUAUGUGCCCUACACCCAAGGAGCAAACUUCUAUUUUAAAUCUUGUAACUAAGCUACAGAGUGUACUCGACAAUUUAAUUGUUGCUCCAGGCAGUUUUGAAGCUUGUCAACUGGAGGAAGUAAGACAAGUGGGUAGCUUUAAAAAAGGAACAAUGAUCAAGGGUCACAAUGUAGCUGAUAUUGUUGUAAUCCUUAAGACGUUGCCUACCAAAACUGCGGUAGAAGCGCUUGGUACGAAAGUCAAUAACGACUUGAAAAGCGUUAAUCCGAAAGAGAUUUUCAGACUUACUCAGACGGAACGUGGCUUCGAUAUUUCUAACAACGAAGCUACGGUACGCGUACUUAUUACCACUUUACAUCAAAAUCUACGAAAAUUAGAAUCUGAUCAGCAUUUAGAUGUAAAAAUAUGUCAAGGUCACCUUGCUGCAAUCAGACAUUCCCGAUGGUUCGAGGAAAAUGCUCAUCAUUCUAGUAUAAAAGUUUUAAUAAGAUUACUUAGAGAUCUGAGAAGUAGAUUCGAAGGUUUAGAACCAUUGUCACCUUGGAUGUUAGAUUUGUUGGCUCAUAACGCCAUAAUGAAUAAUCCUAGUAGACAAGCACUGCCGAUAAACCAAGCGUAUAAACGAGUGCUUCAGUUACUAGCUUCUGGACUCUUCCUGCCUGGAUCUGCAGGUAUAUCCGAUCCAUGCGAAGGUGGUAAUAUACGUGUGCAUACAGCUAUGACAUUAGAACAACAAGAUUUGGUAUGUCUCACAGCUCAAACGUUGUUACGCGUAUUAGCUCAUGGAGGAUAUAGACCGUUACUCGAGGGUACUAAUAAACUUGCCGUAGAAAUGAGUGUAUGGGUAGGUGGUGUAGUUGCCAGUCCUUUAGAUAAAGCAUACGAACCUCCAACGGAACAGGAACAGCAAGAGGAUAUGGAAGAAAGUAACGAGGAAAUGAUAACGGAAAGCGGUUAACUUUCUGUGCUAAAACUUCAGGGAUAAAACCAAGAAUUUUCUACUAUUUCCCAGGACGAUAAUUUCUUCAAAGUCUUUAUUAUUUUAUACAAAAGUUAGCGGAUACAGUAUUAUCGAUGAAUUUCAAUGUAUCAUUUUUUUCCUAAUAACAGUAACAUAAUGAUCGAUGUUACAUAUAAUUGUAAUUGUACGUAAUGUUUGAAAGAUUGCCGAGUGCGAUUUAAUUAUACAUACAUAUAUGUGAAAUAAAAUCUGAAUUACAGUA